AUGACUUCAACAAAGAAGGCAACUUGGAACGUACCCGAUCCUCCCAUGCGAACACCCUCUUUCCCGGAGACCAGCUACACCCCCAUCCUCAACCAAGUUGAACCCCCGAUAUCCCCCACCUCCCAGGAGACCAGCUACACCCAAACCAAACCAAAGAAGAUGGAGAGAAAGCAGUUUCCCCGGCCUGAACAAUGUGGGUCAACUUUUAUUGAUGCGUCCAAGCUGAAUCUGGUUGUGAAGUCAGAGGUUAGUGCUCCACCUUUCUUCAGGGGUGAUGGCUCAGAUGAGUACUCUGUCCUGGAGUGGGAGGAGCUAAUGGGAGUCUACCUAGAGAAGAGGGGUUACACUGGGUCUGAGAAUGUUGGGGAGGUGAUGUCUAGGCUCAUGGGGAGGGCACGGGAUGUGACCAAAGUCUGGAUGCGUAACAACCCUGUUGUCACAGAUGUUAAGGCAGUGUUCAGUGUUCUCAUGCAACACUUUGGGGAUACUGUCUACUCAGUCUCUCUUUCCACAGUACUCUGUGCUUCUCAGCAAACAGUCCAGUCUGAGAUUCAGCAGGUGAAAGGCAUCGUGGGACAGUCUUUCUCUUUUCCAGAGAGGGUGAUCAAGAAUGGCAAUUUACUUUAUGGAGACCUUGACACUAUUGCAAAUGUGUACCCUGGUAAAGAAGGCAAAAUCACCCUUGAGAAGAGAUUUGAAAACCGCCUCCACUUGAACAAUGUUACAAGAUACUUCACUCUAUCAGACCUUCAGAUAGACGAUGCUGGGCUUUAUACUGUUGAGAAUACAGACGAAGGGAAAAAAACUAAAACAUUUGAGCUCAUUGUAUACAAUUUUGUUUCCAAACCUCAGGUGACAGAGUGUGACAGCAGCUCCUGUAGUGUGGUGUGUUCUGUGGACAAUGAAAAAGAGGUGACCUUGACCUUGUACAGAGGAGAGGAAAUACUAAACCAGACCAGCAGUCCUGAUCUCACCACUGAUCUAUCUCUCCAUUUGGAGGUAGAGGGAAAUAACUACUACUCCACCUACAGCUGUGUGGCUGCUAACCCUGUCAGCAAUGAGACAGUUCAUGUCCCAAAAUGUUGCAGUGAAGAUGGUCGUCCUAAUGAUGCAGACAGUGAUGGGAUGACUCUGGGUUUGCUUAUUAUUGCUGUAAUCUGCGUUCUGGUUGCCUCGGGGCUGGUUGGACUUGCAAUCUAUCUAAAGAAGAGGGGAAAUGAACACUCACAAGGCAGAUUCAUCCGAAAGAGUGCAAGUUGACAUUGAUUAUGCAUCGAUAACUCCUAAAAAACGAACAGAUAAUCAGGAGGAGAGAACAGGUAUACAAGAACUGAAAUGGCUUAGAGACAACCCUGAACUGACAUCUGUUUAUCUGUUUACACUCCAGUUACAUCGCAGCGUUGCCAGCGGGGAUGUUGACACAGUGACUUUCCAUUUUGCUCCUUCAUGCUGAGAGGCCGACAUGAUAACUCAUAUCCUGGAGAGGACGAUAUGUCAUAAAGAGGACGUUGAAACAAAAUGAAAGUUAAAAAUUUUUCGCCCAGAAAACCUUUUAGAGGCACAAUUGUUAUGGGAGAACAUUCCCCUGGAACGUAGGUCAUUCUUAUUCUGUCAAAUAGGGGCCUCGAUGACAUCCACUGAUACGGACCAAUUCAAUAGCUAUGCUUUGAGUUGUUAGCAGGAUCAGGAUAAUCCUUCUUGUCAAGUGCCUUUUGUCCCAAAUCCCAAUGUAUAAGUUAAAACAAAUGGAACAUAUAUUUUAAUCCAAUUCACUAGCGUGUUUGCUAUGCUAUUGCUGUGCCAAAGCUUCUUUUCAGUACUGUCUGUUCUGUUGUUUCAAUGUAGGCUCCUCCCCUGUAUAUUUUUAUAGCUGGUCAUGGUUUAGCUUGCCAGUGGAUAGCAGCUGUGUACAUAAUAUAAAAAGAGCAGGCGUUUGAGAUAAAGCCCUCCUACUCCAUAGAACCAAUCGCUGUUAGGCUCCUUUAGACACAAAAGGUCCAUAGAUACAUUUUUUCAUGUAUGUUGUAUUGAAACAUUUGUGAGGGAUUGAUCUUGAUUUGUUGUUUGAUCUUGAGUGACAUUUGAUCGCUUUUCGCAAUAUUUAAGGCUGGGCUAAAUUGUAGCUGUUAAUUUAGCUCAUUUCGUUAAUUAUGAUGGACCAUUUAAUGAUUACCCCUAUCUAUGUAUCACAUCAACCCUUAAUUAGAUAUUUGAUGGUGUAGCUACUUUAUUUAUGGCCUGUAUUUGUCCCAUAUAAAUAUGAUUCCAUAGCUACACUGGUGUCGGCACAUUUAAAACUGUAAACUGUCAUUCUCUUUUUGCUGUCUGUAUACCAAUUGUGUAAAUGUGAAUAUACAAACACAGUUCAUAAAUAGUAAUACCAGCAUUGCACCUGAGAUGUUAAUGAAUUAAAGUAUAUCAAUAACAUUUGUGUGUUAACUGCGGAGGCAUUGCCUUUGCUUUUGACCAAUGUAACGCAGUCCUCACAAUAAAGAAAAUCAACCCAUCCACAAUAAUUACCAAAUAACAUCUGUCAUGUGUGAAUCUACUAUAUACAGUUGAAGUCGGAAGUUUACAUACACCUUAGCCAAAUACAUUUAAA